AUGGCAAGUUGUAACACACCAUUCGGAGCAGAAUUACUAAGUGAUACUACCAAAGUCUCCCAACUAUCAGGUGAUAGAUUUGUUGAUGGAAGAAGGAUUGAGACUUUGGAAAAUAAAGGUUUGAUUAAGCAAAAAGGAAGCAUCAGAACAAUUGAGGGCGAGGAUGGUGAUACAAUUGAUUGUGUUGAUAUUUAUCAACAACCUGCUUUUGACCAUCCAUUUUUGAAAACUCAUAUUAUACAGAUGAAACCCAACUCAAUCCCAAGUGGUCCAAGGGAGAAUUCAUAUCAAGCUGAGCUAUCUCAAAAUUGGCAUAAAAAUGCACAAUGUCCAGAAGGAAGUGUCCCCAUAAGACGAACACAAGAAGAUGAAUGGGUACCACAUAGAAGAACACAACUUAAUCAUAGCUUUUAUGAUUCCAGUGGUCAUGAGGUUACUUCACGUGACAACAAAACAAGAUUUUUCACAUAUUGGACUAGCGAUGGCUACCAAAAUGAAGGAUGCUUCAAUCUUGAAUGUCCUGGUUUCGUGCAAGUAAACCAAAAUUUUGUCCUUGGUUCUUCCUUAGAACCUGUUUCCAACGCUACCCUUUCAUUUGAUGUAGGGAUAACCAUAUACAAGGAGAAUGGAAAUUGGUGGCUCCAAGUGCAAGAUCAGGUACCUGGGUAUUGGCCUGGCUCCAUCUUCAAAUAUUUAACGAGUAAUGCUACCAAAAUUAAUUGGGGUGGAGAGAUUUACAACUCGGAACCGAAUGGUAAUCACAUAAGGACUCAAAUGGAUAGUGACCAUUUCGGCAGUAAAGGGCGUAGUGGAAAAGCAAGUUUUUUUCGAAAUAUUGGAUAUACCGAUAACAGUGGCAAGUUCAGAGAUGUGGAGGCUCAAAGUCUGAAUACAGUUGCAACAAGACCAUCUUGCUGUAAUAGUCUUGCUGCUCAACAGGCCCUUCCUAGUGUUUCCAAUAGAAACAUGAAUGGCUCAAAUACUCCCACCCUCAAUGGUGAGGAGGGUGAUACAAUUGAUUGCGUUGAUAUUUACCAACAACCUGCUUUUGAUCAUCCAUUUCUCAAAAAUCAUAUUAUACAGAUGAAGCCCAACUCAAUCCCAAGCAGUCCAAAAGAGAAUACAUAUCCAGCUGAGCUAUUCCAAAAUUGGCAUAAAAAUGGACAAUGCCCAGAAGGAACAGUCCCCAUAAGACGAACACAAGAAGAUGAAGACACUCGUGGUGUCAAAUGGAUACCACGUAGAACACAACUUAAUCAUAGCUUUUAUGAUAUCAGUAAUCAUGAGCAUGCCAUUGUUAGUUUCGGGGUUGGCGAAAUCUAUGGCGCACAUGCAUCAUUAAAUGUAUGGAACCCUUUCGUUGAUGAUGGAGAAUUUAGUCUUGCUCAAAUAUGGGUUUUGGCAGGUCCUGAUGAAGAAUUAAACACAAUCGAAGCUGGAUGGAAGGUUACUUCACCAGAAAACAAGACAAAGUUGUUCACAUUUUGGACUAGUGAUGGUUACCAAAGUACGGGAUGUUUCAAUCUAGAAUGUCCUGGUUUCGUGCAAGUAAACAAGAAUUUUUCCCUUGAUUCUCCCAUAGAACCUGUUUCCAGGUACUCUGCACAGCAAUUCGAUAUAGGGAUAACCAUAUACAAGGAGAAUGGAAAAUGGUGGUUCCAAGUGCAAGAUCAGGUGCUUGGAUAUUGGCCCGGCACCAUCUUCAACUAUUUAGUGAGUAGUGCUAGCAGAAUUGAAUGGGGUGGGGAGGUUUACAAUGCGGAACUGGGUGAUCAUCAUACAAGGACUCAAAUGGGGAGUGGCCAUUUUGGGAAUGAAGGCUAUGGAAAAGCAAGUUAUUUUCGAAAUAUUGGAUACAUGGAUAACAGUGGCAAGUUCAUAGACGUGGAGGCUCAAAGUCUGAAAAAAUAUGCGACAAGACCAUCUUGCUAUAAUGUAGAAGUUGCAAAUAAUACUAAUGGAGGCUUUGGAACCCAUUUCUAUUUCGGGGGUCCUGGCUAUUCAACACAAUGUGCAAAUUAG